AACAAAAAAAAUCAAAUCAAUUAAUCAUUUAUCUCUGUUGUUCAUUUCAAAGUCAGGAAUCAUACCUAACAUGUUAAUAGAUGGGAGGAACUUCUUUAGAAUUAAGUCUUUAAAUCUGCAGAUCACUAUAAUAUAGUGUAUAAAUCUCCUAUACAACAACACAAAUAAAAUCCUAAGGAAGAGAAGCCUUCCCCUCCAUGUACUUGAUCUAUUUAAUCAUAUCAUGACUGAUCUACCUCAGCGCCAUUCCUUUUGCUCUAAUUCCACAUCCAUUAAUUCCCUUGACGUCCAAAAAUCUAUUGAUCCUGAAUAUACUCAGUGACUGAUCUUCCAUAGUUAUCUGGGGUAGAGAAUUCUAAAGAUUCAUUGUUCUCUUUGGAAUACUCUAUCCCAGAGAGCUGAUUCCUUAUUUCAGUCUUACAUGGUCAGCCCAGGUUUUGAUACUGCGACUACAGUAUCACAAGAAAAUGUAUGCAUAGAACAGUAUAGAUUCUUUGGCCUAUGAUAUUGUGCUGACAUAUAUACAUAUUCCACAAUCAAUCUAACCCUUCCUUCCCAAAGAACCCAGAACCCUCAAUUUUCUUACAUCCAUGUGCCGAUCUAAGUCUCUUAAAUAUCCCUUUUGUCUCAGCCUCUACCACCACCACCGCCACCCCCCCCCCCGUGCAUUCGACACCCAUUAUCUUUGUUAAAAAAACAAAUACUACUCUGAUAUCUCCCCUAAACUUUUCUCCACUCACCAUAAACAGAUGUCCUUUGGUAUUGGCUACUGCUGCCCUGGGGGGGAAAAAAAGGUGCUGGUUGUCUACUCUAUCUAUGCAUCUCCAUUUUAUAAACCUCUUUCAAGUCACCCCUCAUCCUCCUUUACUCCAAAGAGAAAAGCCUUAACUCUCCCAACCUUUAAUGUUAAAACAUUCUCUAUUCCAGGCAGCAUCCUGUUAAAUCUUUUCUGCACCCUCUCUAAAUCUUUCUCGUCCUUCCUAUAAUGAGGACAGAAUAGGCCAAUACAAAGGGGCAUAAUUUUAUGGUGAUUAGAGGAAAGUAAGGGAGGGGGGAUGUCGAGGCAAGUUCUUUACACAGAGUGGGUGGGUGUGUGAAACAACCUGCCAAGUGUGGUGGUAGAGGGAGAUCCACAAGGGACAUUCAUGAAAUUCUUAGAUCUGCACACAGAUGAUAGAGAAAUGGAGGGUUAUGUAGGAGGGAAGGGCUAGAUUGAUCUUAGAGGUUAAAAGAUCCGCACAACAUUGUGGGCUGAAGGGCCUGUACUGUGUUGUAAUGUUCUAAUGAAGUAACUAGAACUGAACACAAUACUUCAAGUGUGGUCUAACCAGAGUUUCUGUGCCUCGCUACUUUCUGGAUGAAUCCUUACAAUAUCAUGUACCAUGUCAAACUCUGUGGGGAAAUUUUGUACGUUUCAAUCAGGUUAUUCUUUAAUUCUUCUAAACUCUAAAGUGUAUAGACCCAUUCUACUUAAUAUCUCAACUCCCAGGAUAAUUCACUAACUUUAGUAACAACGUGGUUGAAACUUCUCUGCAUUCUUUGUAUUGCAAGUAUAUCAUCAGCAGGGGAGACCAGAACUGUUCACAAUAUUUCAGGGCUCUAAUAUAAUUUCAGUAUGACACCUUUACUCUUUUACCCAAAUCCUCUUCCAAUAAAAGCCAUCAAACCAUUUGUCUUCCAUAUUUCUUCCCGUACCUGUACAUUGUGUAUCCAGAUUCCUCUGGACAUCACUUAUUGCUUUUUAAAUAAAACUUGUCUUUCUAUUUUCUCUACAAAAGUGAAUGGUCUCACAUAUUCCACAUUAUAUUCCUUCCCCUUUCUCUUAAUCUGUUUUUGGCCCUUUACAGCCUCUCUAGAUCUUUCUCACAGCCCACACUGCCAUCUAUUUUGGUAUCACCAGCAAAUUUGGUUGUAAUACUUUGGGUCCCAUCAUCCAGAUCAUUGAUGUAGAUUGUGAACAGCCGGAGCCCCAGCACUAAUCCCUGUGGCACCCACUAGUCGCUUCCUCCCAUUACAACUGUUACUAUGCUAGAACAUUAACCCCAAACAGUUCGCUCAAAUUUUGUACAAUAGCCUCUGGUGUGGUACUAUAUUGAAGGUAUUCUUACAUCCAAACACAAGAACUAGUUUACUUUGUUGUUCUGCUAGUCACAAUUCAAAAGAACCCAGAAGAUUUGUCAAAUUUGUUGAAGUUCCCUUUCAUCAACCAACAUUGACUGGCCAAUCCCAUUAUUAUUUUCUAAGUGCCCUGCUAACACUUUGUAAUAUAUAUUUUAGUAUUUUCUCUAUGACUGAUGUCUGGCUGACCGUUUUGUGGUACCAUAUUUUUAUCUCUCCCUCCUUUCUUAAACAAUGGGAUUAUACAGUAGUUGCUACCUUCCUAUCUGGGAAUUGUUCUGACAUCUAUGAAAUUUAGGAAGGAGGCAACCAGUGCUUGUGUCAUUUUCAAAACUUUAGGAUUCAAGUACCCAGUGACCUACAAUUUAUUGUCCACCAGUCCCACUGAUUUAUUUAAGUUGCUCAUUUGUUCUUAUUCUCCACUACAAAACACAGAGACAGAAAAAAAAUACUUGUUUACUAUCUAUGCCUUUUUCUUAUUCUCUGCUGUAAAUUAUCUUGUCUCAGCUAUUAAGGGACCUUCAUUAAAUUUUGCUAACGUUUUCUUUUUAGUCUAUCAAUAUAAAUUUUACAGUCUAUUUCUCACCUUUCCUUAUCAAUUUCACGGUCUCUUGCUGAAAUUGGGAAUUUUCUUUGUCCUUGGGCUCAUUACUCACUGUGGCAACAUUAUAAGAGUUUUGGUUUGAUCUCUAACUGCUUUUACUUGUUAGUCACGCCUGGACCACUUUCUAGCCUUGAAGUGAUAUACAUUUGCUGUAAAACAUGCAUUAAUUUUUUAAUGUAAUUAUUUAUUUGCUCUCAUUCCUUGGGAGUAAUUUCCCAAUUUAAUAUAGCUAACCUGUGCCUCACACCUUUGUAGUUUUUUUUACACUUCACAUCCGAGUUUCAGAUUGAAUUAAAUCACUUUCAAUCUUCAUACAAAAUUCUUCAUUAUGUUCACUUUCCCCUAAAGAUUUCCUAACUAAAAGAUCAUCUUUUACAGUAGUGGAUAUAAAAUAGUCUCUUCCCCCAUUAGUUCCGCAAUAAAAAAAACACACGUGAAUACCCUUUUAAAGUUAAGAUCCUUGCUCUCCAGUGGCUUUACUGGAGACCAUCAACAUCAAGACUAUCUGAUUUUCCUAUUACUUCCAAAAGUAUUCCAAAAUGCUUAAUUCCUUUCCUUAGUCAAUUUGCAACCACAUUUCUACAAAGGAUAUUGCAUCAAACCACAUUUAUUUCCAUUUGUGCCAUUAAUUCACUUAUCCUGUUUUGACUGCAUUCAGGUAAAGGGCUUCUAGUUUUGUCUUGUUGACAUUUUUCCCUGUUCUGAUAUGUACUCCUAUGUUUGUAUACUCUGGUUAUUUUUACCUAUUCAGGACUCUUGUUUCUGUCAUUUUUCUCUAACUUUCAAAAUCUUCUUUUGGGUGAACUUCACCACCCUACCCCUCCCAUCACCCUUUACACAAGUUAUUUGAUUCUUUAACUCUCCAUUUCCUCAUUACUGAUGCCAGUGCUCCAUGACUUGAAAUCCAUUCAUCCCACACCAAUCUUUGAAUCACUUUCAACUCUGAUCUUAUUGAUUUUUAGUAAUUUUGCACCUUGUUUAGAUUAGUAAUCUAGACAUUAUUUCCUUUCUCCCUCUGCUUUUUGAUUGGACUGCAUCUAUGGAUAGUCCUUCAGCAGAACCUCCUUUGUCCUAUCCAUAUUAUUGGGUUCCAUGUGGACCAUGACAAUUGCAUCUUUCCCUUUUCACUUCAAGUUCCCUUCCAAGCCCAAGGCAUGUUCUUAAUUCUAGCACUUUGGUAUACUGCUCAAAAUUGCACAGUAUUCUAACUGUGACCCCAAUUACCACCAUGCUGCUCUUCACACCAUUAACUUGAAUUGUCCACUGUGCCCUGGCCAGUUUGCUCAUCCACCAUAAGCUCCUUGCUCUUGUCCAACAGGAGCACAGUACGUGUGGCCUGCUUGAACAUGUGCAAAGACUGAGACUCCUCCAACACUCCCUUUGAUCCCCACACCUGCCCCACUCCUUGCUACACCUUUCUGCUCCUUUUCACUUACCAGUUCAAUGCUAAUUAUUCCAAGGAAUGUGACUGCCUUCAGGUAAAACAAACUGUUCAUGCAACUUUCCUCAACAUCUUAUUGUUCACUUCAUCAACUCUGUUCCAAAGUUCAAGUUGCAGACACUUGCUGCAGAUGUGCUCCUUGUGGAUCAGCUUGAGUUUCAAUUGGCUUGCACAUACUGUAUGUAACACAUCAGCUUCCCUGCUGUGUCUGUCUUAACGUAGUAACUUUUGCACCCAAUCCAUCAUGAAUAAUCUGGUACUGAAUUAAAGUACAUGCACCUUGAGGAAAGGCUUGCAUGGGAGUUGGAAGUCCAUUUCUAUUAGUCAUGGGAACUUAUCACCCAGGACAUGCCCUUUACUCACUGUUACCAUCAGUAGGAGGUACAGAAGCCUGAAGACACACACUCAAUGAUUCAGGAACAGCUUCUUCCUCUCUGGCAUCUGAUUUCUAAAUGGACAUUGAACCCAUGAACACUACCUCACUACUUUUUUUAAUUUCUGGUAUUUUUGCACUACUUAUUGAACUAUUUAAUAGAUAUAUUAUCUCUCACACAUGAAGCUUUUGGUUUGCUGGCCUUUAUAAAUCAGAGCAUUGAGUAUAGGAGUUGGGAUGUAAUGUUAAAAUUGUACAAGGCAUUGCUGAGGCCAAAUUUGGAGUGUUGUGUACAGUUCUGGACACCAAAUUAGAGGAAAGAUGUCAACAAAAUAGAGAGAGUACAGAGGAGAUUUACUAGAAUGUUACCUGGGUUUCAGCACCUAAGUUACAAAGAAAGGUUAAACAAGUUAGGUCUUUAUUCAUUGGAGCGUAGAAGGUUGGGGGGACUUGAUAGAGGUACUUAAAAUUAUGAGGGGGAUAGAUAGAAUUGACGUGGAUAGGCUUUUUCCAUUAAGAGUAGGGGAGAUUCAAACAAGAGGACAUGAGUUGAGAGUUAGGGGGCAAAACAUUAAGGGUAACACGAGGGGGAAUUUCUUUAUUCAGAGUGGUAGCUGUAUGGAACGAGCUUCCAGUAGAAGUGGUAGAGGCAGGUUCGGUAUUGUCAUUUAAAGUAAAAUUGGAUAGGUAUAUGGGCAGGAAAGGAGUGGAGGGUUAUGGGCUGAGUGCAGGUAGGUGGGACUAGGUGAGAGUAAGCGUUUGGGCCGAGAUGGUCUGUUUCCGUGCUGUAAUUGUUACAUGGUUAUAUAUACAUAUACACAAACUAUACGUAUCUGAAACUAUCUUCCUCUCACACAUAUACAUAUAUACCCACUUAAUGUAACUCAGGGUUUUUCUCUGUAUUUAUCAUGUAUUUCAUUGUACUACUGCUGUAAAGUUAACGAAUUUCGUGACAGAUGCUGGUGAUAUCAAAUCUGAUUCCGAAAGAAUGUGCUUACCAAGAAUCCCAUUUGGCUAAGACUAUUACAUUGGAAACCAGAUGACCACUGAGAUGGAUUUAUUUCCUAUACUUUGGCCUUAGUGGGCAAGAUUUGAGUAUGUGGCUCCUUUCAUAAAUAAAUCAGCGGUCUGCAACAUGUGUUUGAACAAUUGUUUGUUUUGUUUUAUAUAGUAGUGCUUAAAAGAUUGCCACAUCACACGAUGGCUGAUCUCCUAACUGCCUUGAUCUGUGCAUCUGAGAAAUCUGCAAAUAUAGCUCGGGCUUGCAAACGAGAAGACGCGCUGUUCCAGCUUCUGAUCGAAGAGAAGAAAGGGCCAGAGAAAAACAAGAAGUUUGUGCAAGACUUCAAGACUCUGGCAGAUGUCAUCAUUCAGCAAGUGAUUAAGCAUGACAUUGGAAAAAAGUUUCCAGAGCUUGCAUCUCACAUCGCUGGAGAAGAAUCCAAUCAUUUUGAAAAUGGCUUGGGUGAAACCAUUAUUGUGAAAGUCUGCAAAACAGAGCAAGAAACUGCAGAAUUGAUAAGUAAAGUGCUAGAUGGGAAUCUGAAAGCUGCUAACCUUCUGGCCAAGUGCAUUCAUGAAGAUGUACACAUCGAUGGUCCAGUCUUGGGAAAACUAAAUAUUGACAUUCCUAUGGAUACCAUAGGGAUAUGGGUUGAUCCUAUUGAUUCAACCAAUCAGUACAUCAAAGGGCAGCUUGAAGAGAAGUUCAACUCUGGCAUCCACCCAUAUGGCCUGAAAUCUGCUGCCGUACUUAUUGGAGUCUUCGACAGAAACUCAGGGCAGCCAAUCAUGGGAGUCAUUAAUGUCCCAUUUAAUGAAGCUGACCCCAAUUUAAGGUGGAGGGGGAAAUAUUACUGGGGCAUUUCCUACAAUGAUAUCAAUAUCCACUCCAUUCCAAAGCAGCUUCCUGCCGAUUACAACCAACUUUCAAUAGUCAUGAGCUCAAGUGAGAAGGAUGGCAUCAAGAAAGCAUUAACUCCUCUCUGUGGUGAAAGAAUAUACUAUGCUUCAGGGGCAGGAUACAAGAUCUUGUGUACGAUCCUUGGUUUGGCAGAUGCUUAUGUCAUCACAACAGACACUACCUUUAAAUGGGAUACCUGUGGCCCUCAUGCCAUCUUGAAAUCCUUAGGAGGGGGCAUUGUAAACCUUGCCAAAGUUCUGGUUGAAGUGAAGGAGAGGGGCCCUGGUGUUAUUCCCGAACUCCAAUACGAGAUGCCUGAUGAAGGGUCAAAAGAAACCGAUAAAUGGGCCAACAGAGGAGGCCUUGUGGCUUACAGGUCUCAACAGCACCUAGAGGCCAUUAUUAAUGCACUCUUGGUUUAAUUGUACAUACUUAGAGUACAGUUUUACUUCACACUAAAAUUAAAUGCAAAAGUUUACAAACAUGCAUUUUAUUAAAGAAUAUAAUUGCCUUAGCCCCAGCCAAUUAUUUUUCAUAAAAGUAAAAUGGAUUUAAAAGACAUUUUAGAGCAUUGAAACAAUAUACCAGAAAUCAGAUUGACAGUGUUCUUCAAAAUAGAUUAAAUAGUAACAAUAUAACAAACAAGAAUGUCUCGAGAUGCUGGAAAUCCAAGCACCAGACAAAAUGCUGGAGGAACUCAGCAGGCCAGGCAGCAUUUAUGGAAAAGUGGAUGUUUUGGGUCAAAACUGCUGAAGGGUCUAGGCCCAAAAUGUCAAUUGUACUCUUCCAUAGAUGCCCUUUAGCCUGCCGAGUUCCUCCAGCACUUUUUGUGUGCAUUACUAUGCAACAGGUCUCUUACUAUUUUAAAUCUAUUUCUGGCAAAGCAGCUAGAAAACAAAGGAAAGUUCUGAAGCGUUUAGGACAGAUGAGAAAUAUCUUUAGCCAGAGGAUGGUGAAUCUGCAAUUCAUUUACAAAGAUGGCUGUCUAAGCAUUCAUUGGGUAUAUUUAAAGUGGAGGUUGAUGGCUUCUUGAUUAGUAAGGGCAUCAAAGGUUUUGGGGAGAAGGCAAGAGAAUGGGGCUGAGAGGGAUAAUAAAUCAAUUCGCCAUGAUGGAAUGGCAGAAUAGACUCAAUGAGUUGAAUGGCCUAAUUCUGCUCUUAUGACUUAUGGUCUUAUUGCAGAUUUUACACAUUCUGCAAAAUUAUUAAUAUUCCCUUUGGCCUCUUGCAUUAUCAGAAAGAGGGCAAACCACAAAUUUUGCUCCAAGACUAACAUCCAACAAUUGUGGAAAUAAUCCUCUCUUCUAGAAAUAAUUGAUCCCCGAGGCAAGGAUCCAUCAGCCCACUGAUACUUUGCCCAAGUGGCCAUGAAGAAUGUUCAAAUGGUCAUUUAUUUGAUUAUGAUUGUACAGCAGAACUCAAUACAUCAACACAAAUACAGCAUCUGGCAGAGAAGUCCAAAAAAUAUCAAAAAUUAGUCCUUAUCAUCAAAUAUGGGUAGUACAGCUGUUUAGCUGUAUAAAGCGCUGCUUUAUUCAACAAGAUUAAUUCUGUACAAGGCAUUCCACUCCCUCAAGUUGUUGACAAUUAGUUAAAAUUAAAUCAGACAAUAACCAAAGCAAAUCUCUUAAUUUGAGCCUAAAUAACAGAAAGCAAAUCAGUAUUAUUUUUAAGUUAAACUGCCUUUUAUAUCCUUGUUACACAAAGUAAUGAAACAUGUAACUUUCUGCUAAAAUAAAGAUUUGAUGUACAAAAAAUUGCUUUCAUUGCUUUAUUUGCAGAAUGUCUUUAAUGUGUGAUCUAAAAAAAAAUGGUUCAAAUACCAUAGUUUAAGACAAAGUUUUGAAAAUAGAUAAAGUAAUUAGUAAUUAGGGCUACACCAGGUUCAAGGUUUUGUAAAGUCCAAGAUUGUAAGAUCAAGGGAAACCAGGAGAUAAGUUCCAUCGUGUGAAAGGCUUUGGAAGGGGGAAAAAAAACUAGGAACUGUUUAUGUCAACUGUGAGGAUACAGGUACAGAAUGAUUUCACUGGCUUCCUUGGAGGAACAAGAGAGGGACAGAGGUGGAUGUGUGAGGGGCAUUUUUGGCUCCCUCAUUAUCCAGUAUUCUACAGCUAAAAUUUCAAAAAGACAAGUGGGCUUUUCUAUUUCCAAAAAUAUUUUAAAUUAGUUCACUUAUUUUAACUCUGUGCAAGUUAAAUAUUUGUUAUAUGUUGUUGGGUCACACAGAGACAUUAUGAUCACCAUGUUAAUAUCAAAUACUAUGGAGGCAAAUUAGGUAAUGUUUCAAAAGUAGAACUUAAACUGGCAAAAUUAAUUUGUGCUAGGCUUUUGUAAUAAAAUGAUUAAGGGUAAAAAUAUUGAUAUUGUAAAGUUCUGCAUUAAUGAGAAUAAAAGCUUCUGAUGUUCUUCCUUAUUCUGUGUAAAUAUGCAAGUAUCAAUACAGUUGAAAUCAGAACACAGCACCAUGUUUUACUCCCGCAAUACCCAAAGCAAAAGAGACUUGCUUUACAGUCCAUGCAAGGAAUGAGUCUGCAGAUGAGUGGUUACCUUUAAAGGGUGAUUGAACUAGAUUGGCCUUGGAUUCUGAAGAAUGACCAGAAGACACUGGAGCAGAAUUAGACCAUUUGGCCCAUCAAGUCUGCUCUGCCAUUCCAUCAUGGUUGAUCCAUUUCCUUCUCAACACCAUUCUCCUACCUUCUUUACAUAACCUUUCACACUCUGACUUAUAAUUAUCAACCUAUGCCUUAAAUACCCUCAAUCACCUGGCCUCCACAGCCAUUUGUGGCAAUGAAUUCCACAGAUUCACCACCCUCUGGCUAAAGAAAUGCUUCACUUGUUCUAAUUGGACAUACCUUUAUUGAGCCUGUGCCCUCUGUUCCUAGACUCCCCAACUAUAUGAAACAUUCUCUCCACAUCCACUC